AUGUUAAGAAACCAUCGAAGUUUACGAGCAUUAAAACGUUUUCAAUUAGUACAUGAUGAACAAACAUUUCAUUUAGCAACAAUAAUUAUUUUUUUACUAAUUCUUUGUUCGUUUAUAAAUCAUAUUAUUAAUGGUGAUAAACAAGAUAUUAAUGAUGAAAUUGUAUUCGCGUAUGUAACAGCAUUAUCUCAACAAUUACUUUGGAUAAAAUAUAAUCAAUUUCUCCGUACACAAUAUUUAAAUAUGAGUGAAUCCAAUUGUAUCACGUAUAAUACAAAAUUUCAAAUGGGUGGUACUCGUCGACAUAUGUGUAAACGAUGUUCCGAUCAAUUUGAUGAAUUUGAAACACGUUUAAAUUUGUCUGAUAAAGGUAAUCGAAAAUAA